AUGCAUAUGAUGCAGACAACAUGUAAAAUUUUUGGAUUUUUAAAUUAUUUUGCUGGACAAUCAUCAGCUUGGCUUCGUGUAUUUAUGUGUUUUGAUCGAUACUUAUCAGCUAGUCGUCUUCGUCGUCCAUGGUGUAGUCGUGAAAAGGAUAAUAUUAAUUUGGGUGUUUAUAAUUGUAUACCAUUCAUAUUGAUGCUAAUAUUCAAUAGUGGUGUUAUCUAUCAUUCGCUUAAACGGCGUCAAGUACGUAUGAUUCAACAAUCACAAAUUCAACAUCGAGCUAUAUCAAUUAGUUUGGUUAUUAUAACAUUUCCCUUUUUAAUAAUGACUAUUCCAGCAACAAUUGUUGCUGCAUUUUCUUCUACUACACCGCCAACAAAUCUUACAAAAAUAUUAGAUUCAAUUCUUUAUACAUAUCAUAUAACAUCAUUUCCACUUUAUUUGAUUACAUUUAAGGAAUUUCUGUGGGAAUUUAUCAAGAUGGUCACUUGCAAGAAUAAUAAUCGAACAAUUGUACCGGCACAAGUUGCUAUUGCUACAGCAAGGACACCCAAUCAAUUAUAA